AUGCCUCCCCGAACGGAUGAACCCGAAGAGUUUCCCCACUUUUUCGCUCCUAUGAAAAUAUUUACGAAAGCGCAGAAAGCAUCUACAGUUAUCAAACGAACAGUCUCAAGUGGACACACUCACGCCUUAACACAUACAUACACACAUACACACAUACAUCUACACACACAUACACACACAUACACACACAUACACACUCACACACACAUACAUCCACAUACACGUAAUACAUACACACGACAUGGUUCACAUUUUGACAGCCAGCGAGCAUGCUUUGUCAUAGAAGAGUGGGCGG